UCAUUGAACGUGCACGUCACCUUGUCGACGUUUUGCAGGAGCCUUGCGUGUGUGACGAGAGACCAGAAGUCGCAGAAGCACUUGGUUGCCAGAUCAGAAGCGCGUGGUUGCUCGGAGAUGGUGUUUUGCUGCUGAGAGGAGCUUUCAGGCAAGCCAUGGAACAGCCCAUAUGGUUGAGUAUUGGGUCUAGAGUCGAGGGAGAAAGCUGCGAGACGGUGAUGCAGUUGCAGUGCGGUUUGUUUCCACGCGACGAGCUCACAGAGCGGUCGAAAUUCCGAGAAAAACCAGCUGAAGGAGUGGCGUGGAGGAGCGAGUGGCGGCUGUGCCCAAAACGGUGAAUUGGGGUCUUAAUGCCGGGUGCAAUGGGCACAUGAGCUACAAGAUCAGAGCUGAAGCAUGGAGACUGAGGCUUGAGUUUUUGCAGGUUGAUGCAACUUGUUCUGAGAAUCAUCGUGUUUACGUGGAACUACAGUUGUCUUGCGAGACUUCAAUGGAGGCAACAAAGUUGGUCAAUCAGUGCUGAUGGCGUGAUACCGUUGCUUUUAUCGUAUUUUAAGGCUGCAAUUCCCUCUUCUUACACUGGGCCUUCGUGGCAUGGCUUUGUUUACAUCCAGUGAAUGGAUGUGAAUGAGAUGGCCUAAGGAAGGAGGUAGUUGUGGAGCGGAUAGUUUGUUAGGCGAGAGCUGACGGUUGGGGUGCAGCAGUAGCUACCUCACUAUUUACCACCUUUCAGUUCAAAAUUUUCUGUAACCACUCAAUCCUCAAGUCUCAGGCAUCAAGAUAACUCGUUCAUUUAGACAAAAGAGACGAAGAGAGAUAGAUACGAAGCAUCAUCAUCGAUACAAAAGUGUCAGAAUAAGCUGACGAAGGUCGACACCAAAACACUUCAUGAAAAGUGAGGGGUUAGGCCAACAUUGGGACUAAGGUGUGUUACGGUGGUUUCCCGAGAGGAUUGCAUGAAAAGAGCAAGGAACCGUGUAUUGAUUGUUAAUUCCAAACCAGAUGGUCUCGAAGGGAGACAGGUGGGCUAGAUCGAGCUUCAGAUGGAAUUAUCUGGGGGGUCACGCAGAUCAAUACGAGGUGGGAUCCAAGCGCCAGCGACUGAUUGAUGGAGGGAGCUCGCCUGUGCUCCUGCAAGGACAUCCACGGUCGUUGCCUGUGGUACGCUUGCGAGGGCUUCCCUUCAACUGCAGCGACAGCGACGUGUUUGAUUUCUUCGCUGGACUAGACGUCGUGGACGUCCUGCUCGUUCGUAUGAACGGCCGUUUCUCCGGAGAGGCCUAUGUCGUUUUCGGUGCGCCUGUGCAGGUGGACUAUGCCCUGCAAAAGAAUCGGCACAACAUAGGCCGGCGCUACAUUGAAGUUUUCCGGUGCAAGAAGCAGGACUAUUAUCAUGCAGUAGCGGCUGAAGUGGCGGAUACUCGAUGCAUUGAUUCCACCCUCCCCCUCCAUGUACUCAAUAACAACAGCUCCUCAGCGAGUGCGAAAGCUCCGUCUCGAAACAAUACCAAGGAUCACUUGAAUUUCACGGGAGUGGUGAAGCUCCGGGGUUUGCCAUUCUCUGCCACAAAGAGUGACGUUAUGGACUUCUUCCGGGAGUUUGAGCUUCAUGACGAGCAUGUGCACAUCAUGCUGCAUAGUGACGGUAGAACAACCGGUGAGGCGUUUGUGGACUUCGGCAGCGCUUCGAAGGCGAAGUCUGCCAUGAACAAGGAUAAGAUGACGAUGGGGAGCCGGUAUGUUGAGAUUUUCCCUUCUUCUCGCGAAGAAGCUACUCGGGCUGCCACUCGGUGAUCAAAGCCCUUUCUGGUAACCUUAUUGUUGCUUGCCUCACAUUCCAUUGGGUUUGUGGAAUUAGUUUGCACCAACAGCUGAGUUUCAUCGAUGUGCCCGGUUUGAGAAGCUGGUUUUGUCACCAUGUGUUAGACAAUAGAGCAUCUGCUGCAGUCAGAAUCCUAACCAGAAUAAUGUCCAGCUGACGAGUAAGUCCACGAAUUUGUGCCCGAAUCAGGGUUGCUAGUGUUUCUAGAAGGCAAACUGUAACCUGAACGAUCUCUGUUUCAUGUCUUCGCAGCUUUUGUCUGUUCCAUAAUCGUUUGCUUCUGUGCACCAUGGAUCGCAAUGCUGCUGCUGCUUUCAUCUCCUGUCUGCGUAACACACAAGCUCACAACGAGCAGGAAUUCUAACAAACUGGGUCCCUUCUGCAUCGCCACGCUUCACGAUCAACCGUGUUCACCGCACAGCUCCGCAGUCCAGGUUGUUGUUCAUACCGAUGUACAUACAGUUGUUCAUAUAGAUGUGAGGAAAUGUAAACAAGAUGAAGGAUUAUGUGAACAUUUCUUCUUGGUUUUGUAUUUGAAUAAAGCCAAAAAAAUUAACAGAAA